AUGGCCCAGGUCCCUGCAGAGGGACCUGAAGAUUUGUUGGUUAUGUCGGAGGAAGUCCUUCCUUCUUGGUCGUUCAGCGGUAUCCUUCGGGAUAACUUGUAUGCUGGACUGUUGGGAGGACUUUGCGGAUUGCUAUUCAUAUUAUUCCUGAACCAUCAGGAUGGAAAAUUGGCUUGCAAGACGGCAAUUAACGCAAAUCUCACAAUUCAUUGUGAGGUAGACUUGGAGGAUACUCAUUUCAGUCUGGAAAAGGAAGUGGACGAGGCCCAAGACCUUCUUGAGGAUAAGGCCCAGAUGACGAUAAAAGAGGAUGCUCUCCAGCAGAGGAUUCAAGACCUGGUAAAGCCUUUGGCUAAUGAGGAAGAUUCACAUGCUGAAGAAAUCCUUGAUCUGUCCCAGGAGGCUGAAAGGAAAGUACAAGAAGCCGAAGAAAUAGGUUAUUUAAAUUGCCUCCUUACUACAAACAAAAUACCCCAAGAACGCCUAAAUGAAUGUGAGGCUGAAAAAGUGAAAACUGGAGAGGAAAUGGAUAAAAAGACUCUUAAGUUGGAAUGCGAUCUUGAAUGUCAUCUAAACGAAAGGAGGAAUCUGAUGAAAAUGGAGUCAGCAGAUGAAGAACAGGGAAAGGAUGGCAAGCAAUUCCUAAGGAUAGUGGAUGAGGAAGUCACUAAAUUAGAACAUGUAAUAAACAGCGCAGAGUUGGAUCUGGAAACUUUCAGACCACAGAUGAGCGAGGAGGUACAAGGAAAGGUCCUUGCAGCCACAGGGAAAGCCCGCCUCCUCAUCGCUCAGAAGAUUGAACAAUUUAGAGGUCUGUGUCAACAAAACAUUGAUGGGCCCAAAGGUGGAGAACCCACUAUAAUGGCUGCAGAUCUAGAAGGCUUCUGGGACAUGGUGUCCAUCCAGGUGGAAAAUGUACACCACCUUUUCAAAGAGGUCAGUGUUCUUAAAACUAAUGGAUGGAAAGAGGACCUAAUUACAGAGCCUACUAAUAAUGUCACCAAAGGCCCCCAGAAGAAGAAACCAGUGAAAGUUAUGAAAAAGGCUCUGAAGAGUUCCUCUGAGGAACAAAAGUCAAGAGAUGAGGCUCGCAAGAAACUACUGGAGGAGAGACGCAAGGCAAUGAAGGAGGCAAUGAAAGCUAAACAAGGUCAGCCUGAUGCAAAUGGCAGCACAGAUGGAGUGGAAAUUCUUGUGGUAGAAGAAAAAAUAACCUAUUUGCAGGAGAAUUUAACAGGUGAAAAGGAGGACGAAAGGACAAAGAGCGAUGAAGGUGGCCCAGUUAAUGAGAAAACAAAGGAAGUGGAAAAACAAAAGGAAGGCCACCAUUUCUUACAGUUAGUUGACAAAGAGGUUUCUGAAUUACAAGGCCUCACAUAUAAUGCUGAAUCUGACCUGGAAACCUUUAAACCAGAGAUGAGCGAGGAGGUACAAGGAAAGGUCCUCGCAGCAACAGGAAAGGCGCGCCUCCUUAUCUCACAGAAGAUAGAACAGUUCAGAGGCCUAUGUCAACAAAACAUUGAUGGGCCCAAAGGUGACGAACCCGCUAUAAUAGCUGAAGAUCUGGCUGGAUUUUGGGACAUGGUGUCCAUUCAGGUGGAUAAUGUACACCACCUUUACAAAGAAGUCAGUGUUCUUAAAGCUAAUGGAUGGAAAGAGGACCCAAAUACAUAUAACACUAACAAUGUCACCAAAGGCCCUAUUGAGAGGGGAACCAGUAAAAGUUAUGAAAACGGCUAUGAAGAAUUGCUCUGA